AUGGAGUCAAGUGAAGAAAAUCUACAAAAAAGAAAUGCAGAUUUGGCAGAAAUAGAGAAUGGUUCAGGAUCAGAAGAAGAAUGUGCAACAAAUAGUUCUAAUCGAAAUUCUUCAGCUAAGAAAAAAUCUAGACCGUUUGCUGAGAUAUGGGAUUAUUAUAUUAAGGGAGUAGGAAAAAGUAACGGCCACUAUGAAGCUAUUUGUUAUUAUUGCGUCCCUAAAAAAUCUUGGGCAAGAGGAAAACCAGCAGUAUUAGAAGCGCAUUUGGCAAAUGAAUGCCCUAAUUGUCCCGAAACUAUUUCACGAUAUUGGUGA